CGGUUACCCUGCAAGCGACAGCCGACGAACCACCAAAACCAAAAAUCCUCAAACACCAGCCAGCAGCCGACCCACGACUUUGCUGACAGCACCACGACAACAACAACCAACCACAACAACAACGAGAACAACGAGAAUGGCUGAGCGCACGACAUCGAAGAAGCACGACGAGUUCGUGCGCGAGCGCAUGGAGGACAAGGCGGCCACAGAACUUGCCGGCAUUGGCGAGAAGGGUGGCGAGCAGCUUGCUGCGCUUGGUUUCGCCACGGCCAAGCAAGUGCUGGGCCAAUUCCUUGUGAUGGGCGAGGACCCUGAUGUGUUUGGAGACUGGCUUCAGCAGAACGUGUCCAAGCUCAACUCCAAGCACCGCGGCGAUCUCAUCUUCUGCCUUCAGGAGUGGAUCAAGCGCAACCUCUAAACAUGUGCUCAACUCCCCUCCUGCCCCUGUGCUUUUUUUUUUCUGUGCUGUUUCUGUGAUGUGCGAUUCCUGUGUACCAAAUGCUUUGAUGAACAUGGCAUGAAAGCCUGACACCCUGUGAGUUGGUUGCAUGACAUGUCACUGUUGUUGUCCCAUGUUGUGGAUGUUCAUAAGGAGCUUGCUGCUGACUGGCAGCCAACUUGUGCAUUCGCUCAAUAAACGUACCUCCCUCCACUGCAACUGGUGUCAUGUCACUCCCGAGCAAUCGGCUGAGCGUUUCCACCAAUACAAACCCCCUGAAAC